AUGCAAAAGACAAGGCAUUCUUCAGUAGAUCAGCCUUUCAAUGUUGAGAAGAGACUAGAUUAUGGUACUAAAGGUACCCCUGUUGAAGUUUUGACCAAUCAUGUCAGGUUGUCCUUAGGUGAUGAUGCACCUGGCCGUAAGAAGGUUGCGUCUGAUGAUGCCUGGUGGAAGACUGCCACUAUUUACACUUACCACAUUGAUUUUAUCGGUAAACAAAACCCUGCUGGACGUGGUCCCCCACAGAAGGGUCCUCCUCCUGCAAUUUCAAAGCCAAAGAAAUACGAAUUGCUAGAUGACCUUUUUGAAGAAGAUAAAACGUUGGCCAAAUACAAGGAUCGUAUUGCAUUCGAUGGUCAGGAUACCCUUUACUCGAGAGUUCCGUUGGAAGAGUUUUCUUUAUUCAAUGGUUGUUGGAAGGUUGGCAAGAAGAAGAACAGUACAGCUGGCGCUGGAAAGAAGGGCAAAAGCGAAAUUGCGGAAGAGUUGGUAGCUCAAAUUACUUUACAAUUUGCUAGUAAGAUUACUCUGAAAGAUAUUUACAAGGCCACGAUGUCAGAAGAUCCAGAAGAACAGGAAAAUAAGAUGUCUGCCGCCGAUAAGACUGCAUUGUUGUACUUGUUGGGUGCAAAAUUCUUGACCUCUAAAGACCCAAUCUUCCAAAUGCAAGGUAACAAGUUUUUCAUCUUCAACGAAAAGGCAAAGUCCAUUCCAUUCCAGAUUGGUGGGUUUCUGAUUUGCGGGUUUACUAUCUCCAUCGUGUACUCUCGUGGUACUGUGUUGUUAAAUGCAAUCAACGUUGCUCUGCCUUUUUAUAAACAUGUUAAGUACCUGCCUGGUGACCGCAAGUUUAAACAAAAUGAAAAGGUCAGAUUUACUCUGAUGGAUUGGAUUAUUGAAUGUUAUCAACAAAUUAACGGCAAAGGUAGAGGACCGAAACGUACGGCUGAACCAUCGUCAAAAGAUUUAAACCUCUUCUUGACAAAAAAUAUGGAUAUCAAGAACCUCAUUAAGGGCUUGAAGGUUUACAGGUACUACAUCAACUACAGUGUUAAUUCAGAUGGUACUCCUAAACCGCCAAGUAAGAUGCCGGCAAAGGGAAUAGUCGAUUUCGCUCGUGAAACUGCUGACUCUUUAAAAUUUAAGACCUUACCAAGCGCAAUGACUAAGAGUGCCAAAUCUGUUGCUGGGGAAAAGGAGAUUACAGUCAACACAACAUCUUACUUUGCCAAAAAGUAUAACAUUAAACUGAAAUACCCAGAUGUAAAGAUGGUUAGUCUUGGUGGUAAGAACAUUGUGCCAGCUGAGUGUUUGACAAUUGUGCCGGGACAAAAGUUGAAGGGUCAAAUCUAUGACGAAAAGACUAUGAUCGAUUUCACUGCAAUCAGACCCGAAGAGAAGUUCAAAUUGAUCAACAACUUGGCUUUGCCGCCACUCACAAAUGCCUUAAAUUCCGAAAACAAGGGUAAGGCUGGAGCGGUGAAGUUUGAAUUCUUGAAAGUGCCAUCUCGUGUCAUUGACGCUCCAGUUGUGCAAUACAAGAAAUCUAAUGUAACAUAUAUUGAUGCACCUUUUGGUACAAAGAGCACCAACGGGAAGGCUCCUAGCGAGGAGACGAAGGGAAAGUGGAACCUGACGAACCAUCAAUUCAUUCACACUUCGAAGGAUAUCUACAAUUUGAGACCAAUUUUCAUCAAUGAUUCCUCGAGAGAACCUCCAGUAACGGUCUUGGAGAGAUUAACGGCUUCAGUGAAAAAAUUUGCAAAGGAUGCAGCUGCUGUCGAUGUCAACUUUGAUACUUCAGGUCGUCCAAUCCUGAUUAAUGAAUUCAGUGCGCCCGUCAGGAGAAGAGUCGAUUCAGGCAAUGAAAAAGGAAGAGGACGUGGACGAGGUGCACCCAGGGGCAGAGGUAGAGGUAGAGGCGGUUUUGGCGGUGGCGGUGGGCGUCCUUCAUUCGUUUAUGAGAUCACACCAGGUGAACAACAACUAGUUCAACUACUUGAAAAAAUACCCGAGAAAGUUUACAUUCUCUUGGUCUUAAACCGCGGGAACGACUCCGCUAUUUACAACCGUUUAAAGGAGAUUGUCGACCGGAGAUUUGGAGUGCUGAACUCCUGCGUUGUUUGGGAAUCCUUCAGCAAAAACUCUGCGCAAUACAACACUAACGCUGUCAUGAAGAUGAACUUGAAACUGCAAGGUACCAACCACUCUCUAAGUGACAAAGAUUUGGAACUUUUGAUUGACAAGGAGUCUGGUCUACCAUUCUUGGUCAUUGCUGCUGACGUAACUCACUAUCCAGAAAAAGAUCAAAAUUCUAUCGCAGCCAUGGUUGGAUCUUAUGAAAGGACAUUUUCCAAAUUCCCAGGUGACUAUUUGUUGCAAGACCAACCCGGUGAAGAGAUCAUCUCUCGUAUCGGUGAGUUUGUUGCAAGCAGAUUGGACAUUUACAAGGCUAACAAUAAGGGCAAGCUACCUCCAAAGAUUUUGUACUAUAGAGAUGGUACAUCCGAGACACAACUAUCUCAAGUUGUCAAGAUCGAAGUGAAGGGCUUGAAAGAAGCUUUGAGGAAAUACGGGUCUCGCAAGAAGGGUGCUAAGAAGUAUGAUCCACCUGUAACAUGUGUCGUUGUGGCAAAGAGGAACCUGGUAAGGUUCAAGCCACUACAUGAGAAUGCUACAAAUGCUGAGGGUAAGACUGUUGCAGUGCAAUCGAUGGGUAACGUUAUGCCCGGUACCGUGGUUGAUCGUGAAAUUACUUCACCAGCUCAUUUCGAUUUCUUCUUGCAAUCUCAACAAGCGCUAGCCGGUACUGGUGUCCCAUGUCACUAUUGGUGUGUUUACAACGAGAACCAUUUCGAUUCAGACUACCUACAAGCUAUUUCUCACGCUUUAUGUUACACUUUUGGCAGAUCGUCCACCAGUGUAAAAGUCGUCUCUCCCGUCUACUACGCUGAUCUGCUAUGUACAAGAGCUGCUCAGUUCUUCAAAGCCAACUUUGAAAUACUAAGCGCAGAGUUUCAAAAGGAGAGGAAGAACAAAGACGAUGUAAUCGUCCCCACAAAAUUGUUACCACCAGUCCAUAAGAAUAUCCGGAGUGUGAUGUAUUACAUCUAA